AUCUCCAGAGACCUCUGAAGAGCUGAAUCACUGGAGUGCACAACACAACAUUAAACAUCUCAGGUACUUGAAGAUAUGACUCCUACAGUCUUUCUAGUCAUCCUGUGCCUGGGAGUGGCCUCAGCUGCCAUACUCCCUGAUACCACUUUGUAUGCUGAAUUGCAAGAGCAGAAGGGUAAAGAAGGAUUCAGAAAAGCAGUGUGGGAUGAGUUUAUGAAGACUGUCAAACUGUACAAUAGCAAAAGUGACCAGGAGGAGGAGGAGCUCGACAUAGAAAUGAGUGCCCUCAGUGAGCUGACUGAUGAAGAUUUCAUGAAAAUAAUGACUAGCAUUUCACACUCAAUGUCUGGAGAGGAUGAAAACCAAGCACAGUCACUUGGCGAUGUCCCCGAAUUUGAGGAUUUGGUGGAGAGCGGAGAUGAGAUUCCUAUACAGGAACAGCUAGAGUAACAUGAACAGCAGAAUAAAAUUAGGAAAGGAGUAAAACAGCCACUGUGCCAUUGUCUAAGGUCAGCCCCAACAUGUGAACUGCCUGAUGGUGAAAAAGAAGAUCUGAACUGGGGAAGGGGAAGCAAAAACAGCAGGGGCCUCCCCAACUCAGUAGCCAGUCCCUGACAUGAUCCUACACUCAAGUCCCUUAAGAUCCAUACUAUGAUAUGAACUCCAAAGCAUGUUCACACUAAUAAAACCUUACUGAUACCUU